AUGAGAUUUGGUGGCGCCUUUUUGGUGAGUAAGAUGAGUGAUAAUGCAAGGCUAAGUCGCAAAAAGAGGCCAUUGAGUGCUGAAAACGAAUAUGGAACUGGUUUGGAUAUUUCUAACAACGGCAAAACAAAAAGACUUGAACGUGACCUUGAAAAUAACAAUGUAGCUGCCGUCUUGUACAGCUUAGACCCUGAGAAAUCGGAGAAUCGGAUGAUCCCGAGGACCAGAAAAGUGCUGAUCGGGAGAUCAAGACAUUGCGAUAUUAUAAUCGGUCCAAUGGAUUGCUCUAGUGAGCAUUGUGAGAUGGGAGUGAGUAAGGUGAACAAUGAAGAAGUAAUCUAUCUUAAGGAUUUGAGUUCCAAUGGAACAUUUAUCAAUGGAACAAUAGCCGGAAAGGGAAAUGUUUGUCUCGUGAGAAAUGGAGACAAGGUGAGUUUUGCAUCUAGUUGCCACUUUAUCUUGAAAUAUAGUGCUCGAAAAACUGUUAGUUUCUUUGACAGCUACAUUCUCAGCGAUAAGGUACUCGGAACUGGCCACUAUGCACAGGUUAAAGAAGCCGUCUGUCGGAAGGAUGGAGAGGUGUGCGCCGUCAAGAUUUUCAAUCCUACCAAACAUGCCGUAGGGGAUGAAGAUAAGGUUAAGUUCAAUAGGGAAUUGGACAUUCUUACUAAACUUGACCAUCCUAAUGUGGUUGGUUUCUACCAUACCUUUUUAGAGCCCGUUUCUGAGGACACCAUGACAACUUAUUUGGUGUUAGAGAAAGUUAAUGGGGGAGAGUUAUUUAACAGAAUAGUAAAAAAGGGUAAAUUGGGUCAGUCAGAGACCAAAGAGUUAACUAAACAGCUUCUAACGGGUCUGAGGUAUCUUCAUUCUAUGGGAAUUGUUCAUAGGGACUUGAAGCCUGAGAAUAUCUUACUAGAAAUUGAAUCUGGCGAACAGAAGUUACCUUGGGAUGUCAACGAGCAUUCAGUGAGGGUUAAGAUCGCCGAUUUCGGUCUUGCUAAGUUUAUUGGUAAGUUAAGCUUUACAAAUACUCUAUGUGGAACGCCUGCUUAUGUGGCUCCCGAGGUGUUAGUCAAUCAGAAUGUGCGCAGAUAUAAUAAAUCUGUGGAUAUGUGGUCUGUGGGUGUUCUUAUGUACGUUUGUCUCUGUGGGUUUCCUCCUUUUAGUGAGGAAUUGGGACCUCCGUCAAUGAGACAGCAAAUCAUCGAUGCCAGAUAUGCAUUUUACUCUCCAUAUUGGGAUAGUAUUGCGGAUGAGGCAUUAGAUCUGAUUGCCAGAUUACUAGUAGACACGGGAUGA